AUGCUCCCCACAGAAACCGACAUCCUAAUAAUCGGCAGCGGCAACGCCGGCCUCUGCGCCGCUAUCUCCGCCGCGCAAACCAGCCAAACCAGCAACAAAAACGCCCGAAUCCUCCUAAUCGACAAAUGCCCCAAACAAUGGGCCGGUGGAAACUCCUACUUCACAGCUGGCGCCUUCCGCACCGUUCACAAUGGCCUAUCGGACCUUCUUCCCCUCAUCAAUAACGUGGAUGCAUCCACGGCCUCCAGGAUUGAUAUACCGCCGUACACGAACGAGUCGUUUAUGGGCGAUAUGCAGCGGGUCACGGGUGGGCGGACGGAUCCAGUGCUGUCGAAAAUACUAGUUGGCGAUUCGAACGAGACGGUGAAGUGGUUGAAGAGUGUUGGGGUAAGGUUCCAGUUAUCGUUUAAUCGGCAGGCGUAUGAGGUUGGUGGACGGGUGAAGUUCUGGGGUGGACUGGCGUUGAAGACGGAGGAUGGGGGGAAGGGGUUGGUUGGGGAUUUAUGGGCUGCUGCGAGGGAAUUGGGAGUGGAGGUUGUGUUUGAGACGGCUGCGAAGAGACUCGUUACUGAUGUGGAGACGGGGAGGGUGAGGGUUGUUGCUGUUUCGCAUUGUGAUAGGGACGGCGAUGCGAAUGGUCGCUGGGUUGAGAGGGAGAUUCGUGUUGGUGCUGUGAUUCUCGCUGCAGGUGGAUUUGAAGCGAAUCCGCGGCUGCGCGCGCAGUAUCUCGGGCCGAACUGGGAUAUGGCGUUUGUCCGGGGCACGCCGUACAACACCGGUGAAUGCCUGGAGAUGGCCCUGCAGGAUCAGCAUGUCUCCGCACAACCUCGUGGUAACUGGUCCGGGUGUCAUUGUGUUGCGUGGGACGCGCAUGCGGCCCCAGAUACAGGCAAUCGGGAGGUCUCGAACGAGUACACCAAAUCCGGGUAUCCGCUAGGGAUCAUGGUGAAUGGGCAAGGCAACCGAUUCAUCGACGAAGGGUUUGACAUGCGUAACUACACAUAUGCCGUGGUGGGACGAGCGAUCUUGAAUCAGCCGGGCCAUGUGGCGUUUCAGAUCUGGGACAAGCGGACGAGUUCCUGGUUGCGGGAGGAGGAGUAUCGAGAUGAAGUCGUGCAGCGGAUUGAGGCGUCGUCGAUUGAGGAGCUGGCAGAGAAGUGUUUCCAGAGCCAUGGUCUUGGGGACCCUCGUCGUUUCAUCGAGUCAAUUGCGGAGUAUAACCGUGCGGUAUAUGCGCGACAGGACGACGACCGAAACAACGGCACAGAGCGCAAAUGGGACCCAUCUAUCAAGGAUGGUCUCUCGACACAGUCAACUAACUCCGGUUUAUCCAUCUCCAAAUCCAACUGGGCCCUGCCCAUCGAUCAAUCCCCCUUCCUAGCCAUCAAGGUCUGCGCCGGCAUCACAUUCACAUUCGGUGGAUUAUCCAUCAACCCCAAAACAGCGGGCGUAAUAUCAACAGCCGGCACAGAGGUUCCCGGACUAUACUGCGCCGGCGAAAUGGUCGGAGGAUUAUUCUAUGACAAUUACCCCGGGGGAAGUGGGUUGACAUCGGGGGCGGUCUUCGGACGGAGGGCUGGCCGGGCGGCGGCGGGCGCUGUGCCUUAUAUAGGGCCGUGA